AUGGCUCCGGUGCAAAUUGGUCCAGAUGGCCAACUGGUCCCGGCCGGGGGUCCAACUUCAGCGCCUCAGCCCCCUCCUCCAGGUGCCCCGGCAACGCAUGGCGUCCGACUUAGCCUGCUGAUCGAAUUCCUCCUGCAAAGAACCUAUCAUGAAAUCACCCUGUUGGCUGAACUGCUACCCAGGAAGCCAGACAUGGAAAGGAAAGUCGACAUUGUGCAGUUUGCUAGUCGGACCCGGCAACUCUUUGUGAGGCUGUUGGCGUUAGUGAAGUGGGCAGGAAAUGCUGGGAAGGUGGAGAAGUGUGCGAUGAUCUCCAGCUUCCUGGACCAGCAGGCCUUCCUGUUUGUAGACACAGCAGACAGGCUGGCUUCGCUGGCGCGGGAUGCCCUGGUUCAUGCCCGUCUGCCCAGCUUUGCCAUCCCCUUUGCCAUCGACGUGCUGACCACGGGCUCCUACCCGCGUCUCCCCACCUGCAUUAGGGACAAGAUCAUCCCUCCUGACCCCAUCACCAAAGCAGAGAAGCAGGCCACCCUGAACCAGCUCAGUCAGAUCCUGCGUCACCGCCUGGUCACCACAGACCUGCCCCCGCAACUGGCCAACCUCACCGUGGCCAACGGGCGGGUGAAGUUCCGGGUGGAGGGCGAGUUCGAGGCCACGCUUACAGUGAUGGGGGACGACCCGGACAUCCCGUGGAGGCUUCUGAAACUGGAGAUCCUGGUGGAGGACAAGGAAACGGGAGACGGAAGGGCCCUAGUGCACAGCAUGCAGGUGAACUUCAUCCACGAGCUGGUGCAGUCCCGCCUGUUCGCCGACGAAAAGCCCCUUCAGGACAUGUACAACUGCCUGCACUCGUUCUGCCUGUCGCUGCAGCUGGAGGUGCUGCACUCUCAGACCCUGAUGCUGGUCCGCGAGCGCUGGGGGGACCUGGUCCAGGUCGAGCGCUACCUGCCCGCCAAGUGCCUCACUCUCACCGUCUGGAACCAACAGAUCCUGGGCCGCAAGACGGGCUCCGCCUCCGUCCACAAGGUCAACAUCAAGAUCGACGAGUCCGACGGCUCUAAACCACUGCAGAUAUCCCAUGAGCCUCCACUGCCAGCCUGUGACUCCAAACUAAUGGAGAGAGCCAUGAAGAUCGACCAUCUGUCCGUGGAGAAGCUGCUGAUCGACAGCGUCCACGCUCGCUCCCAUCAGAAGCUGCAGGAGCUCAAAGCCAUACUCAAGGGCUACAACCCCGUCGAUAGCUCCUUCAUCGAGACUGCUCUUCCCACCCUGGUCAUUCCCAUCCUGGAGCCCUGCGGGCGCUCCGAGUGUCUCCACAUAUUUGUCGACUUGCAUUCCGGAACGUUCCAGCCCAUGCUGUAUGGAAUCGACCAGUCCAUGCUGGAUGACAUUGAGAAAUCGAUCAACGACGACAUGAAAUGCAUCAUCUCCUGGCUGCAGCAGCUCAAGUUUUGGCUGGGGGAGCAGAGGUGCAGGCAGUCAGUCAAACACCUCCCGACCAUAUGCAGCGACACCCUGCACCUCUCUAACUCCGCCUCCCACCCCGUCGGCAGCCUGUCCAAGCACCGCCUCUUCAUCAAGCUGACACGCCUCCCUCAGUACUACAUAGUGGUGGAGAUGUUCGAGGUGCCCGGAUGCCCCACGGAGCUGCAGUACAAGUACUACUUCCUGUCUGUGAUGCAGCUGGAGGGCGAGGAGGGCCCGCCCUGCGCCCAGCUGCUGCAGGAGUUCAAGCCCAACCUGGAGGAGCUGCUGCAGGACGCCGCUGCUAGCCGGGCCGCACGACCGGGAGCCAAGAGGAAGCUGUCUGGAGACCAGGCUGCAGUGGAACCCAAGAAGCCCAAGCGCUCUGGGGAAAUGUGUGCCUUCAACAAGGUCCUGGCUCACCUGGUGGCCAUGUGUGACACCAACAUGCCCUUCAUUGGGCUGCGCUGCGAGCUGACCAACAUGGAGAUCCCUCAUCAGGGAGUGCAGGUGGAGGGGGAUGGGUGCAGCCACGCCAUCCGCAUCCUCAGGAUCCCGCCCAGUAAGGGUGUGAGUGAGGAGACACAGAGGGCUCUAGAGCGCUCCCUGCUGGACUGCACCUUCCGGCUCCAGGGCCGCAACAACCGCACCUGGGUGGCGGAGCUGGUCUUCUCCAACUGCCCCCUCGCCAGCACCUCCAGCAAGGAGCAAGCCUCUACGCGCUACGUGUAUCUGACCUACGAGAACCCCCUGUCGGAGCCUGUAGGGGGACGAAAGGUGGUGGAGAUGUUCCUCAACGACUGGAGCAGCAUCAGCCGGCUGUACGAGUGUGUGCUGGAGUUCUCCCACUCCCUGCUGGACCUGCCGUCCUACCUCAGCCUCUUCUCCGAGAUCCGGCUGUACAAUUACCGCAAGCUGGUCCUGUGCUACGGCAGCACCAAAGGAAGCUCGGUGACGAUCCAGUGGAACUCCGUCACGCACAGGUUCCACAUCUCGCUGGGCACGGUUGGACCCAACUCGGGCUGCAGCAACUGCCACAACAUCAUCCUCCAUCAGCUGCAGGAGAUGUUCAAUAAGACGCCCCAUGUGGUGCAGCUGCUGCAGGUACUGUCCGACACGCAGGGCCCCCUCAACGCCAUCAACAAGCUGCCUACGGUGCCCAUGCUGGGCCUGACCCAGAGAACCAACACUGCCUACCAGUGCUUCUCCAUCCUGCCCCAGUCCCCCACGCACAUCCGCCUGGCCUUCCGCAACAUGUACUGCAUCGACAUCUACUGCAGCAGCCGGAGCGUGGUGGCCAUCCGCGACGGGGCCUACAGCCUCUUCGACAACACCAAGAUCGUGGAGGGCUUCUACCCCGCGCCCGGACUCAAGACAUUCCUGAACAUGUUCGUGGACAGCAACCAGGACGCACGAAGGCGCUCCGUCAACGAGGACGACAACCCGCCAUCGCCGGUGGGCGGCGACGUGAUGGACUCCUUCAUGUUCCAGCUCCAGCCAGGGCAGGCUCCGCAGCAGUUUGUGAAGCAGCAGCCGGGCGGCGGAGUCUACCCUCCCCUCACGUCCCCGCCCAACCCCUACCACUCCAACGUGGCCCCCUCCCCGUCCAUGAUGCCCACGCAGUCUCCUGGGAACAUCCACGCAGCCAACUCCCCUAGCGGUGCUCUGCGGGCCCCCUCGCCCUUCGGCCCCGCCCCGUCUCCCUCCUCUCUGGGGAUUUCUAUGGGGCAGACUUCCAGCUUUGCCAGUCCGCAUGGAGCACUGGAGCCCAGCUCUCCGUACGCCAUGGUGUCUCCCAGCCAGCGCACGGGCACCUGGCCCGGGUCGCCCCAGGUGUCCGGGCCCUCGCCCGGCGCCCGCAUCCACGGAAUGUCGCCAGGCAACCCCUCCCUCCACUCCCCCAUCCCGGACGCCUCGCAUUCUCCCCGUGCUGGGACCAGCUCUCAGGCGAUGCCGACCAACAUGCCCCCACCUCGCAAGCUACCUCAGCGCUCCUGGGCGGCCUCCAUCCCCACCAUCCUUACCCACAGUGCCUUGCACGUUCUGCUGCUGCCCUCGCCCACGCCCUGCCUGGUGCCCGGGCUGGCGGGCAGCUACCUGUGCUCCCCCCUGGAGCGGUUUCUGGGCUCCGUCAUCAUGAGGCGCCACCUGCAGAGGAUCAUUCAGCAGGAGCCCAACCUCUCCAUCGUCAACUCUAACGAGCCCGGCGUGAUCAUGUUCAAGACCGAGGUGCUCAAGUGCCGGGUAGCGCUGAACCCCAAAACCUACCAGACCCUGCAGCUGAAGGUGACCCCUGAGAACGCCGGGCCCUGGUCCCAGGAGGAGCUGCAGGUGCUGGAGAAGUUCUUUGAAACCAGGGUUGCUGGUCCUCCCUUUAAGUACAACACCCUCAAUGCCUUCACCAAGCUGCUGGGGGCGCCUACCAACAUCCUCAGGGACUGUGUGCGCAUCAUGAAGCUGGAGCUGUUCCCGGACCAGGCAGCCCAGCUGAAGUGGAGCGUGCAGUUCUGCCUGACCAUCCCCCCCAGCGCACCUCCCAUCGCCCCCCCGGGGACCAUCGCCGUAGUGCUCAAAUCCAAGAUGCUGUUUUUCCUCCAGCUGACGCAGCGGCUGCCAGGGCCUCAGGAGCCAAUCAGCAUCAUCGUGCCCAUCGUCUACGACAUGGCGACCGGGCUGACGCAGCAGGCCGACAUCCCGCGCCAGCCGAGCUCCUCGGGCGCGGCCGCCCUCCUGGUCAGCAGCAUCCUCAAACGCUUCAACGACAUGCACCCGGCACGCCAAGGUGAAUGCACAAUAUUUGCUUCGGUUCAUGAACUCAUGGCAAGCCUCACACUGUCCCCUGGUGGACGCCCAUAGCACAACAUCACUUGGAUACAAACAAGACAUUAUUUCCUGGUGAACAGCGAACACUGCGGGGUACUGCUCCCCUGGUGUCUCCAAACAGACCUCUUCUCUGCUGAAACUACAGUCUUUUUCAAGUCUGGUGUGCUUUGUGUUAAAAAAGGGAGUGGAUUAUGAUCAGUAACUGAACACUAUGCUUGUUUAUAUAUAAAUAAAGACUCAGAUGCAGCAAGCACUGCUUGAGCAAAGCCAGUCAUAAAUUAUUUUGAAGAGCUAAACAAGAAAAUUAUUUUUUUCAGAGAUGCGCUUCUUGAAUAACAGAUUAAUAAUGAUAGAUUUGUUUACCUACAGCUGUACAUUAUUUUAUAUUUCAAAGUUUCAAAAAAAAAUGAAACCUUAAAAUUACUUUUUUCAAGCUAUCCAAAUUCCUUUUGUACUGCAAGAUACAAGUAUUAUUGAAGUAUUGGAGAGGUGUUCUUUUAGUACUCUAUGUAAAUGUCUUUUUUUCCAUUCUUUAUGUUGAGUUAAAUGCUUUUUAGUUAAGCCUGUCAAGUUUGUGUUCAGUAAAACCAUGGAAACUUUACAAGCCAUUCUUUAUUACGAAUGCUUUUGAGUAUAAAAGGAAGAAUCUGAGACUACCUGUCCGUCUUGGAUGAAUACUAUUUAAUAAAUGGAUAGAGAAA